AUGGACGACUCCCUCGGCCCGUGGGCCGGAGAGUCGUGCCGGGGCGGCUUCGACUUUACGCUACUGUUCGAGGAAGCCGUACUUGCGGUUCCCCUGCACUCCCUUCUCCUGCUUGUGCUCCCCACCUGUGCCAUACGCCUGGCAAGAUCCGAUGUCAAGGUCGUCGCCAGUACCCUGCGCUAUUUCAAAGCUUGUGCAUUCAUCUGUCUGGUUGUCCUCAAUGCUGCGCUUCUCGUACUUUGGACUACCACGCCCCCUAGCGUCAUCCUCCACACGCGUGCGACCAUUCCCGCCGCUGUGCUCACUCUCGUUGCCUCGCUCGGGUUGGCUUUGCUGUCAUGGCUGUCACAUGAACGGUCCGUGAGGCCGUCAUUCGUCCUUUCGACCUACCUCUUCGUGUCAGUCCUGCUGGACACCGCCCGUGCUCGCACCUUGUGGAUGAUUGGACCCCACCAGACCAUCCCCGCCGUCUUCACAUGCACCUUGGCGUUGAGGGCUGUCAUGAUUCUUCUAGAAUCAACAGAGAAGCGGCGUAUCCUGGUCCCGCAACACAAAGGAUACUCCAAGGAGGUCACUAGCGGCACCUUCAAUAGAUCCGUCUUCUUCUGGCUGACGUCGCUCUUCGUUAACGGAUAUAGAAACAUUCUUCGGUUAGAUGACCUCUACCCACUGGACCCGAAGCUAGCCUCGGGGCCUCUAUACAACAAACUCGCCGACGCGUGGGACAAAGUCCCGAACAAGACCGUCCCCGGUGCUUUGUUUAGUACCUGGCUCCGUGCAUUUGCGGGCCCCGUGUCUGCCGCCAUCGUCCCGAAACUCUUCCAGAUCGCCUUCAACUACGCCCAGCCGUUUCUCAUAGACGAGGCGAUCCGCCUGGCCAGCCAGCCGCAGGUGCAGCCUUUCAACAACCGUGGUUUUGGCUUGAUAGGGGCCUACGCCAUCGUCUACACGGGCAUUGCUGCUUUUGGCCGCUCCGGCGACCCUUCAAUCACGAGCGCUAAACACACGGUGCGCAGGUUUCAACGGGUCAGUAUGACUGGCGUAAUCAACGUGCGGCCUCGGUGA